AUGGAGAAAUAUUCACAAUUCCGAGACCCAGGCACGGGGAUAGCUCCAUUCCUGCCCAUCCCCACACCCGCGGCGGGCGCCAUCUGGACGCCUGUUCACGUCUUCCUCUUCCUCUUCCGCGCACCCUUCGUCGCGACCCUAUCACUGUUCUAUUUCGUCUUCCUCGAGUUUCUACCGGUUGCCAACCUGAUAAAAAGAUGUGUGCUAUGGGUUAUACUUGCCAUACCCGGUGUAUGGUGGGUCGACUUACAAGUCGACGGUGUGAAGAGGGGCAAACUUGCUGAAAAGCAAGACCACCUGCCACACGCAGGCACCAUCAUAGCAGCGAGCUUUGUGAGUCCGCUGGAUCCACUCUAUAUAGCUGGAAUCUUUACGCCUGUCUUCACGCGCAGCUGGCCUUUGGAGAAAAAGGUGGAAGUCAUAUCGCUAUUCGGUGCCAUUCGCCUGGCCUUUUCAAAACCUGAACUGGAACCGCCGCGAACCGCAAAACUGGCCACAUUGAAGGAGCUCACGGAGAAAUAUCCCAACUCCAUCAUAUGCGUGUUUCCUGAGACUACGACAACCAACGGUCGUGGUGUGUUACGUUUCAGUCCUAGUCUCUUGACUGCAGACCCGAGCACGAAGAUCUACGCGGUGCAUGUCAAAUAUACACCCGGGGAUAUCACCACGCCAGUUCCUGGGACCGUGCUGAGCUGGACAUGGCGGCUUCUCUCGAAACCUACACAUUAUAUGCGCGUACGGAUUGCGCGUCACAUAUUCAACAGCACAUCAACUUUGACUACCAAGGCAGACGUAACCGAUACCGGCUUCGACGCCAACAUCUUUGAUAGUCCGCAUAUGCAUAAUCGGAUGGUGAACGGAAAUGCGGCAGAGGAAACACGUAAGGAGGAGUGGUUGGAAACCAUCAGGGAAGAUUUUGCGCGACUGGGGCGAGUCAAGAGGACAGCAUUGGGCGUGCAAGAGAAGGUAGAGUUUGUUAAGAUCUGGUCCAAAAGGAGAAGGUGA